CCAGCAGUCACUGACGGCUUGAAUUGAGGCGCCGCGGCCGCUGGAGGUGAGGAGGAAGGAGGAGGAUGUCGCGCCGAGAGGCCGGCGCCCAGAGCAGUCCGUGACUUGCGGCGCGGGCCGUAGACCCAGGCGCGAACUCGGACUUUGUCUUUGGGGGCCCCUGCUCCCCCCUUUUCGGUUUCCGGUGGGAUUUCAGAGGAGCCUCUGCCCUCCAGCCUUCUCCACCAUGUCCAAGAUGCCGGCCAAGAAGAAGAGCUGCUUCCAGAUCACCAGUGUCACCACGGCUCAGGAGCCCACUAGCAUCACCGAGGACACAGAGAGCUUGGACGACCCGGACGAGUCGCGCACGGAGGACGUGUCCUCCGAGAUCUUCGACGUUUCUCGGGCCACGGAUUACGGCCCUGAGGAGGUGUGCGAGCGCAGCUCCUCCGAAGAGACGCUCAACAAUGUCGGGGAUGCGGAAACUCCCGGGACCGUGUCGCCGAACCUCAUCCUAGAUGGGCAGCUGGCAGCCGCCUCAGCUGCGCCCGCCAACGGAGGCGGCGGCGUGUCGGCCCGGAGCGUGGCGGGGGCACUCGCCCAGCCCUUGGCGGCGCCCACCACUCCGGGGUCCACUCCGGGCCCGGGUAGUGCAACUCCAUCUCAGCCCCCCGCCACUUGUAGUUCCCGUUUCCGCGUGAUCAAGCUAGACCACGGGAGCGGAGAGCCGUAUCGGCGCGGCCGAUGGACGUGUAUGGAAUACUACGAGAGGGAUUCGGAUAGUAGCGUCCUCACUAGGUCCGGGGAUUGCAUUAGACACAGCAAUACUUUGGAGCAGACUGCGGAGCGGGACAGUGGCCUGGGCGCCACCGGAGGGUCGGUGGUGGUGGUGGUGGCCUCCAUGCAGGGGGCGCACGGGCUGGACUCGGGAACUGACAGCUCCUUGACUGCUGUGUCACAGCUACCCCCGUCGGAGAAAAUGAGCCAGCCCACUCUCGCCCAGCCGCAGAGUUUCAGCGUUGGGCAGCCGCAGCCUCCACCGCCCGUAGGUGGGGCUGUGGCUCCCUCCAGGGAGCCGUGGCCGGCGGCGCCCUCCCGGGGCCUGUUGGCCAGGGUCUGCCACCGACGAAUGUAAACCUGUCGCAGCCUGUGGCCCUGGCAACUCAGCCGGGCCCGGCGGUCGGCUCUUCGUUGCCGCAGCAUCCCCAGCAGUUCGCGUAUCCCCAGCCUCAGAUACCACCGGGGCAUUUGUUGCCCGUUCAGCCCUCCGGCCAGAGUGAGUACCUGCAGCCGCACGUGGCCCUGCAGCCGCCAAGCCCUGCGCAGCCCUUGACCACAAGCGCUGGCGUGACCUCUGCUUCUGUGGCCAGCUUUCCUUUGGGCUCUGGCCAGAGCGUCUCCUCAUUGGGUACGCAGAUGAUGGGCGCCUCUUCCCAGCCCAUUGAAGCUGUGGCUCCGGGUCCUGUUCCUGGCGUCCAGGCCGCUCCUUGUCAGCCGGCGGGAGUGGCCCCAGCUGCUAUAGGAGGCGUGGUGCAGCCAGGCUCGACGCAGCCCCAGUCUGUGCAGCCUCCACCGCAGAUGGGUGGCAGUGGUCAGCUGUCAGCCGUGCCUGGUGGUCCUCACACCGUGGUGCCCGGAGUUCCAAACGUGCCUGCAGCGGUACCCGCUCCAAGCGUGCCUAGUGUGCCCACCACUUCUGUUACUAUGCCAAAUGUACCCGCGCCUCUGGGCCAGUCUCAGCAGCUGAGCAGCCAUACACCAGUCAGCCGGAGCAGCAGCGUCAUCCAACAAGUUGGGCCGCCCUUAGCGCAAGGCACGCACAGUGCACCAACAAGUCUACCACAGUCUGACCUAAGCCAGUUUCAGACUCCGACCCAGCCUUUAGUCGGGCAAGUUGACGAUACUAGAAGAAAAUCAGAACCCCUACCUCAACCACCACUUUCUCUCAUUGCUGAAAAUAAGCCUGUUGUGAAGCCUCCAGUUGCAGAUGCCCUGGCAAACCCCCUUCAGUUAACACCUAUGAACAGUCUGGCCACCUCUGUAUUCAGCAUAGCUAUUCCUGUUGAUGGUGAUGAAGACAGGAAUCCUUCAACUGCUUUCUACCAAGCGUUCCAUUUGAACACGUUUCAGGAAUCAAAGAGCCUCUGGGAUAGUGCAUCUGGGGGCGGUGUUGUAGCCAUUGACAACAAAAUAGAACAAGCAAUGGAUCUGGUGAAAAGCCAUUUGAUGUAUGCAGUAAGAGAAGAAGUGGAAGUUCUAAAGGAGCAAAUAAAAGAAUUAGUGGAAAGAAACUCUUUACUUGAACGAGAAAAUGCACUGUUAAAAUCUCUUUCAAACAAUGAUCAGUUGUCCCAACUCCCAGCCCAACAGGCCAAUCCUGGUAGCACUUCUCAACAACAAGCAAUGAUAGCACAGCCUCCUCAGCCAACGCAACCUCCACAGCAGCCGAAUGUUUCCUCAGCAUAAAGCUUUCUUAAGCCUCAUUAAGGAAAAACCGAAAGCAAUCUUUCCUUGUGUGCCACUGGUGUUCUAUCCACUUUAUAGAAAGCAAGUAGCCAUGCUUCGGCUGUGUGCUUGGCCUUUUCAGUAUUAGACAAUCGUUCUACAGGAGCUUUCCCUCUCUAAGAUGUCAUGCAGCACUGUUGAUGUCCACUUCUAUGUCAUCAGUACAUGAGGAGAAUAAUAGACGGGGUUUAUUAAAGCAAGCAGAGUCUACAUUCUACAUGUGCGCAUGAGUGGGAUCUUUAAAAUUUUUGGUGGCUCUUCCAUGUUUCUUAUCACCCAUGGAUUCACCUUGAGCCUUCCUGUCACAUAAAUAACAGUUCAUCUAAAGAGCCACUUUUCUUUCAAUAUCAAUAACAUUUGCCUACGUAAGUUUUCAUUUAUUUUGUGUUUUAUUUAUUACAGGGCUGCUAUUUUCAUAAUGUACAUGAACAAUGUCACAGAACUUUUUUAAUUUUUUGAAUAAUUAUAAGUAUCAGUAAAGGAAUUGAAAGACAGGAUUACAUUUAAUAAAUAAAACGUUUAGGCAAUAAUUGAACAAAAGAAUCCUGGCACAUUUCUAACACUAAUGGCAAUUUACCGUUGGUAUUUAUUUUCAAUAGUAAAGAUCCAGCUUGAAUGUAAAUUUUGUAUAGUGUAAGUAUGAAAAACACAGUGCACCUGUACAGGUAGUCACCAGUUAUUGUGAUAUAAUAAAUAAUUGGGCUAUUUUCAUGAAGAAAACUUUGUUCAUUUGUUUCUACUUUCUAAUAGAAAUUGCCACGAUUCCUCUGCUUUUCAACAUUUCGUAUGACUUUUUUUUUUUUUUUUUUUUUUUUUUUUUUGGGGGGAAAUAAAAAAAGCUGUGAAAUUGUUCAACCUACUUUGUAACCAAAGAAGCAAAGCUGUGUAAUGGAGUUUUGUUUUGUUUUAUAAUGCACAUUCUUUAUGUAUUUUUAUUUAGUGUUUUCUUGGUCACAAUUUUCUUUGCUGUCUAGCAUGAUCUGCAUGGCCUGUAAUCUUUGAACCACUUUCGUACCUCAUGUUUUUAUCCAGCACUCUUAUUGUACUGUGUACUAGUCUGUGAACAAUGUCAAAUAAAAAGAACCAACAGGUCGUAUGGUGGAGCUGAGCUAGUGUACAAUGCACCAGUUGUACAAAAACAAAAAUGAAGUGAGCCAUCUUUUGUUCAUUUAAAAUGGUGUUUUGAAUUUCAUAUGCAGAAAACGUUUUGUUACAUUGCAAAUUUUAAUGUAUUUAAUAAAUGCAACAUGCAGAUUAAGUGCAGUGUAUACUGAGUAUUUAAAUUAAAAUGUACAUUUCAUAAAUACAGUUUCAAGAGAAAGCAUCAUUUUGUGUAUACUAACACAUUAAGUGUAUGUCAGAAAUUGAUGUAAAAAUAUAUAUUUUAACACAUUUUCUGAAAUUAAACUACAGUUUUGUUCAAAUAUUUGGCUCUAUAUGUGUUCAGAAUUUGACUAGAUUUGUAUUUUCACGGUUUAAAAUAAUUUCUUAAGUGAAAACCCAUGAUGUUAUUAAUGACAAUGAUAGUUCUUAAAUUUUCAAAGUAAAAUAAUUUAAAGAACACAAGAAUGGUGAGCAAUAUUUGUACUCAAUAUUCAUAUUAUGUUAACAAUAUAAAUAGGAAAUCCUCGUCUACCAAAACUUUUACUUGAAUUCAGAAAGGUGCCUGUAGAAAUGAACAUGUCCUGUAUUGGUAGCCUACUAGCUCAUUCAGUCUUAUUGAGAAACAGUGGUUAACUCUCCAUCUUAGAAGAGGUUAAAUGUUCUUUAUUUAUUUGAAUCAUUCUAGCCUCAAACAAAAGUCAAAAUUGAGACAUACAUGAGAUUACCAAAUAUUUUAUAUUCUAGUUGUGCUAUGGGAAAUAAUGCUCAGCAAAACUUUUAUGUUAAUUAGUAACAUUAGAAAUACUUAAAAGAACUAGAUAAGUAUAUAGACUUGAGUAUGUAAUAACCCUAAGGAUGCAGAGUGAGAUUCUAGUAGAGCCACUGUGGGCAAGAUAGGAUGUGAAACUGCUGUUGGUAUGUGAACCCGAAGAUUCUCUUGGUGCCCUUCCAAUGCUAAUAGUAUGGUACUUCAUGCAAAGAAAAACUAACAAGAAAAGGAUUGCAGGAGGAGACAGUUAAAUGGCAGACUGCUGCCCAAGAAUGCACAAGAUCUUCUAUUUGCUGUCUGGCACUGAAAACAAAAUUAGUGUGAUUUUUGCGAAGAUAAAUGAGUUCUUAUUCUAGGGAUAGAAAAACAUAAGCAAAAUGCAAUAGCAGUCACCAAGAAAAUGAUUAAUAUUUUAUGGUUUAAAAUGGUAACAGCAAUUGCUACUACUCCUAUUCAAAGAUAAAAUAAAUAAAAUUUGUUCCAAAAAGAAUAGCUCUAGUGAACUAAGAAAUAUAAAUUAUUUCAAUCAGUUAUUAUAGCUUUUAAAUAGCAGGAGUUAAUAUAGUAAGGUGGGUUUUCCUGUGUUCUCCAGGAUGAAAUUUAGCAAUGUAUAUCAAGAGCUUUAAAUAUUAAUAAACUAGCUCAGUGGCAUGAUGCUUAAGGUACAGUGUUCAGAAAAUGCAAGUGUGUGCCUGUCCUGUGUGUCCACUCUUCCCUUAGAAUAGACCUCAAAAGGUUUAUUGAUCACCUACCCUGUCCCUAUUUAAAGUUGUUCAAUGAAGUUUACAUCUAAAUCUGUUCCUAUUUCAUGGAGGGUCAUUGAACUCCAGAGUCAGGAUCAAAGGUGAGCAAGGUAUUGUGCUUUUGUUUGAAAAUAACUGAGUUUGAGUCAUUUCUCUCUAAUUGGUUUAUUUAGGAUCUUCAUUUAAACUCGAUCUCUGUUGGGUUUAGAGUCUCCAAAUAUGUAGAAUAUCAUUUUGUUGAAAUUCCAUUUAGAGACAAAUCUUAGAGGAAUGUCAUCCACCCUUAAUUUUCUCAGUCUCAGCCUAGAGACCAGCUGCUACUACAUAAGCUUUAUGUUGGUUUAAUUUUCUGAUACAGUAAUGCCCAAAGGAAAUUAUUUUCAGGUAGUCUUGAUGUAAUCUUAAGAUGCAUCUAGCAAAACAAAAAUGUAGGGAGUCGGAUAAUUAAGCAUUCAGCUUUUUUUUUUUUUUUUUUUUUUCUGUUAGAUGAAGCUGUUUGGCCCUGGUGACAGGUCCCUUGUGUAUGUUCAUGAUUUUCUUGAAAGGGGAAAGCCCUAUCCUCAGAAUUUACAAUUGAAUUAAGGCUACACAACCCAACCAAUACAAUGAAACAAAUACAGCCAAGCAGGCUCAGGGGUUUCCUGAAAGAUAGCAUCUGAGUCUUGAGGGUCACAAGCGGAUUAGGGCAUUUCAAACACAAGAAAAGCCUGCUCAAAGCUCUGAAAAAAUAAACAGGGCUCCUAAAGAGCACAGAAUUUUAUGGGAGAAAAACAACUGCCCCAUCAAUGUUGGUAGUUUGGCACUAUUAGCAGUGAGUCAUUGGAUGGUGGCUAGUGGGAUGUGCUCAGUUCAAUGGUAGAGUGAAACGGGACAAAUAAUUUAGAAAAAUUAAUCCAGAAAAGUGAGACAGCAUUCCAUGUACAAAUUGUCUGAAGUUUAUUGAAGAAAAACUGAGAAUUCCUCUACCCCUUUUAUAUAUUACACCCCCAGUAUCAGCACUUUGCUUUGUUGUUUCUUUGAGGAAACAACACAUUAAACAAUACUUGAAAGUUUGGUCAGUCUUAUGUCCAAUAGCCAUGAAUCUCUGCAAAAUUAAUGUCUUUGUUUCCAGUUGAAGGAAUUGCAAGAAUUUGACAGAAGAGUAAGGCAAACAGAGGAAAAUUGGUCACUCUAUGCCUCUGUAAAUACAGCCCAAUGGUAACAAUUAAAUCCUCUGGUGACAAGGUCACCAUAAUUCCACAGCCUCUUGCUCCCUGAAGAGAUAGUAUGAAUUCUGACUCCAGUGAAGAUACUAACAUGUAAGGAUAGGUUUUCUAUUAACUUUGCUUUUCAUUCUCUAACAUAAGUCAGACACACAGCCUUCUCUUCCAUACUCUGUUGAUACAAUAACAGAUUUCCCCUCCCCUCCCCAGCUUUAAGCCCUCUAAUAAUUCAUGUUUCUACUUUCUAAUGCUAAUCAUGUCUUGUGUUCAUUUGCACCAGUUGGCAAAUUGACAUUCCAAGGUACAUCCCUGGCUCAUAUUUCCAUACCAGGUUAUGAAUUUCUCCAUCUAAAUCUCUUUCAAUGCACGCCUUCCCUAUAUAAGUGAAGAGUUACAAGUGUGCCCUUAGUGGGCUACCAUUGGUCUGCCAUAUUCAAAUGUAGAAAUUGCUAAAAAAAAAAAAAAAAGUACUAUAGAAAGCAAUGUAAAGUUCAUAGACCUGCACUUUUCUAUGUUUUAAUUAAUUUUUCAAAAAAUUGGCAGUCUUUUAGAAUUGGUGAUGGCAAGACAAGCUAUUAUUUCGCACUGGCACUGAACUUGCUCAACAUGAUUAGAUAGUUAGCUUUAGUUUUCCUUUUCUUACCAGGGUUGCUGAUAAAGUAGGCAGUUUAGAAUGUUUUCUGACUACCUGGUGUCAUGGAUCCAGAGUCCCUAUGUUUACAGGCUAGAACCUGCCCAUAGAAGCCAUAAUGUUCCUCUGAAAGAAGGAGAGAAAGGAGAUGUGUUAACUUUAGAAAAAUGAUUGAAGUUUAAGACAAGCCAAAUGACACACUUCAGCUUCUCCAUAAUGAAAGUUGAGGUCUCUUGUAGUUCCAACUGUUUGCAUGCUUUCAUUAUUCCCAUAAAAUACCUGCAAAGUGCUCUUGCCCACUGCAAUCCAAAAGGUCUUCCAGAUCACAGUUUCUAGUGUCACCUCACAAGUAAUUAGCUCAUCUAUAGAUAAACUUGAAGAAGACAGCAGACAAGGAAGCUUAUCCCACACAUGGUGUAUGUGAUACUAGGCCAGUGUCUACUUCUAACUCGCUGAGAAAUACAAUUUGCAAAUCUCUUGUCUUACAUAGACAAACAUACAUGCUGAAGUCUUGGGAAAUAAUUUGGGCUUUUCUUUUUUUCUUAGAAAUGUUGGGAAGCAAUUCAAUUCUAUCUCAACUUAGGUGCUUAUCUCUAUACUGAAUGUUUGAGAACAGAAAGCUGUUGAGGGCAUGAUCUGUGCCCCCCAAGAGCUUAUCAUCCAAUGAGAAAGUAGAAGCCGAGGUACCAUGUUGCUUAUCCAGAACAGUUUAUAGACCUUGUGUCCUUUGUUAGAUGGAAGGUUCUGUAAAUCAGUAGUAAUUUGCUGUGUCAUGUGAAACCCUUUGCUGUUGCCAGGAAAUAACUAAAGCACCAAAAAGCUUUGGCAAAAAUAAUCCUGGAAAAGGAGACCAGGCAAAAGAAGACUUUCCACACCUAUACUGAGCCUGGGAGUUACCCCUAAAAAAAAAAAAAAAAAAAAAAAAAAAACUAAUCUGAGAGAGAUGUUUACACAUUUUUAAUACUCUCAAUUUGUAGAUAAUGGAUCUAAUUUAAUGACUAGAAUUUACAUGUCAUGAAUUAUAUUGUCUCUUGUCUCAUAAGUAACAUACAUUUUUGGCUGUCUUAACCAGCUGUCAUUCAAUGAAUGAAGUUAAUAACUCAGGUACCUGAUGCCAAAAAUAAAUCUCUAAUAGAACUGAGAAUUCAGAGAUAAAUACAAGGCUGUAUGUUAAGUAAGUGGUAAGCCUUACGUUUCAGAUCGGGGGAAAGAAUGGCUUAGUCAACAGGUAGUAUUGAGACUGUAACCUUAAGGGGUGGGGAAAAGGGAAACUCAGCUCUCUCACAAAAAUUAAAAAUUCCAGCCACACUAGAAGUGAGUCUUCUGUUUUGGAAAUUCAAAGCCUUGAUAAUAUAUGAAAGUGAAUAGCUUUACAAAUAAGUUAUGAAGAGCUGCUCAGCCUUGGCAGAGCAAAGCACACAUGAAACACACUAUCUUUGUUGAGAUCCAGUUGGUGAACAUGAGACACAUGAGGAUCAAGAGCUGACAAGUGUGGAAAAGUAGGAAUCUGACAUCACGUAAGUUUGCACAGCCACUUUUAAAGGCAGCUGGGUAAUUGAAAUUUUAGAUGCCCUGUGACCCCAUGAUUCCAAUUUUUAAUAUCUACCCUAAAACACACACACAGAGACGUUCACAAGGCAGCUUGUAAGAGUAUGCUAUUGGAAAAAUCAAAAUCCACCAAGAUAAUGGAAUAUGCUCAAUGCUACAACAUAUUAGGUAUCAGUGGGAAAGAAUGAAGAAGUAAGAAUGUGUGCUGACAGUAGAUGUCUAGGAGGUAAUGUUAACUUUGUUAAAAGUCUGGGGGGAAAAUACAUGUAAUACACAUGAUACUGUUGGUAUUUAAAAAAAAAUGCCAUACACAAUACUGUAUAGUGUACUUCUGCAAAUACCUUUCAGUGUACAAUAUAAAUAUAGAGAGAAGGUUUGGAAGAAUACUAACCAAGCUGUUUACAGUAGUUUGGUGGUGUGUGUUAGCUUAAACUGUAAUAUUUGAUGUUUUUGAAUCUGCAUUCAUGUACUGUUUGUGUAAUGACAAAUUAAUAAAUUAGAAAUAAAAUGCAA